AUGGAAGUCGAGAACCCUCCAUCCCCCCUACCGGACGAAGAGACGCAUUUGAAAGCGCUCACGUCGGCCUCCAAAUUCUGGCUCGAGUUCUCCGUGUUCGACGACGGCCUCGACGCCCCGCGCGCCGCCUCCAUCACCAAUGCAGCGGCGCACAAGCUCCCAAACUUCCACCGCUUCCCGGACCUACCCCCGGAAAUCCGCCUCAAGAUAUGGUCGCACCUCAUCGUUCCCCGAGUCGUGACGGUAUGCUGCUUCGAACGAGACUCGCGGCUUCCCUCCCGGCGUGCGGCGUUUGAAGGUCGCUCCGCCGGCGCCUCCAAGCCUGAGGAGCAGCAGAAGGACGUCGUGUUCAACCCGACGUGCCCCGUCAUCCUCCGCAUCUGCCGCGAAUCCCGCGCGCUGGGGCUGAAGCAUUAUGAGCUUGCCUUUGGAUGGAAGGUCUCGGCGCUCCUCAGCGACACCCCAAUCGCGCGACCGCCGAGGGCGUGGUUCAACUUCACGCUGGACGCGCUGUAUCUCGUCGGCGAGCUCGAGGCCUACGACCAGUACGGGUUCAACAGCCCCAUGGUGUACUUCCUCAGGCGAGAAGACACCAGAAGAGUAAAGUACGUGGCAUGCGCUUUUGAGGAGUUGCACUACCCGGAGCAGGAAUCCGAUCAGAUUUUCGGGUGUCUGUGGCACGUGGUGGACCGAUUCUCCGGCGCAACGAAGUUGAUGCUCGCAGUAACGCCAAAGGACGAGGAGGGAAUGCAGGGCUGUCUUAUGCUCAGCACCAAUAAUGUGAUGCAGAAGAUUUGGAACGGGUGGAUUCUGGGCACGACGGUUACAAGCUCGACAUUGGCGGACACGCAGAUCUUGUUGGUUAGGGAGGGGGAUUUGUCGGAUGUCAUGGCUUCUCAUGCAGAAGAGGACGAGAAGAGGAGGGCGACAAGAUGA